ACGUAUUUAUAGCGAUCACCGGUGUCCCGAGCACGAGGGCAUUCCGCUGAAGUGAAAAAUGGCGGGCGGUGGGAAGGUCUCCUUCAAAGUUACCCUGACCUCCGAUCCAAAGUUACCCUUCAAAGUAUUUAGCGUUCCAGAGGCUGCCCCUUUUACUGCCGUCCUCAAAUUCGCAGCUGAAGAAUUCAAAGUGCCCCCACAGACCAGCGCGAUUAUCACCAACGAUGGUGUUGGGAUAAAUCCACAGCAGAGCGCAGGCAACGUUUUCCUCAAGCAUGGGUCAGAGUUACGGCUGAUCCCGCGGGACAGGGUUGGAGCCUCUGAAACGUUGCUGAGUGUCUGAGGGGAUACCUGCCUUUUAGUUAUACUUAUCUCGACUAUCGUAGCUUCCUAGGUACUAUGAGUAUUGCUGACGUUCUCGUAGUGAAUGCAAAUUAUAAUGAUUUCAUGGGGUGGAUAAUGUUUGGUUGAAUAAAUAAAUAAAUUCUUCGUGAAGGUAAAGCAUGCUUCCCUGACAUUUGAGAGCCUUGUGGGUUUUGAUUA